ACGUUUUAUGUCGGGGAGAUACAAUUUUUUAUUCAAGCGUUUCUAAGAUAUCACAAAUGACAAUUUUCCAUUGCUAACCAACAACAACCAAACAAGAUGCGUGAUGUAGUGCGCAAUGACGGCUCAGUCAUUGGUCUUUAUCACAGAGUAGAUCAUGAAGGAUUCAAAGGCUCAGUCAAGUUUAUUGGCACUUUGCCAGAUACAACUGGUUCAUGGUAUGGUGUAGAGUGGGAUGAUCCAUCCCGUGGAAAACAUGAUGGAAGUUACAAAGGAAAACAAUAUUUUCACACCAGCAGUAGUACUGGUGGUUCUUUCAUCAGACCUAAAAAAGUUGAUGGAGGUUAUAGUUGUUUCCUAGCCAUUAAUGAUAGAUAUGGCAAGACCAAUGAAGCACAUGCUGGGGUCAUUAUAGAGGACUUGUUUGUUGUUGAUGGUCAUAAGAAACAAACAAAGGUGGAAAUGGUUGGAGCUGAAAAAGUCAACAAAAAGCAAAGCCAGCUUGAUCAGCUUCAGGAGGUUGUAUUACGUGGUAUGUCUGUAUAUGGGGUAGGACCACAUGGCAGUGAGCUACUACAGCAUACUCCUAAUAUAGAGGAGCUAGAUAUAUCAGCUACACUAGUAUCAUCUUGGUUAUGUGUGUCACAGAUAACUGAGUGUCUUCCUAAGUUGAAAUCACUUAAUGUUAGUGAAAAUGUAUUACCAAUAACACCAGGAGCAGACGAGGAUAUGCCAUGCUUUAGUACAGUAGAAAUCCUAUAUAUCAACAGAAUGCACUAUACUUGGAAACAGAUUUUGCAGACUUGUAAGAUGUUUCCGGCACUGAAACAGUUACACUGCUGUUUUAAUUCAGUUGAAAAGUUAUGUCUGCCAAGUUCUUUAGAUCAGCUUACACUUCUUAAUCUGGAGUCAAAUAAAGUACCAUCCUGGGACAAUGUACUACAACUAGCUGGCUUAUCUAGGUUGGAGACAUUAAUACUUAAUGACAACAAAAUAGAAAAUAUCUAUUUUCCUGAUGUACCUCCUGGAGAUACCACCAGUUGUUUCCCUUGUUUGAAGUCUCUGUCAGUCAAUUACAACAAAAUAUCAGAGUGGAGGAGUAUCAAUGAACUAAAUAAGCUACAACAGUUAGAAGAAAUAAGAAUUGUACAUAAUCCUAUAAUGGACCUAGCUACACCAGAAACAGUUAGACAGAUGAUAGUGGCUAAGAUAUCUACUUUGAAAAUGUGCAAUAGAACUGAGGUAUUUGAGGAUGAGAGAAAAGGUGCUGAAAUUGACUACCUGAAAAGAUUUGGUCCACACUGGUUAAAGGCAGGUGGUCACCAGGAUGAGGACAAAGACAAUACAAGUGCAGAAUUCCUUCAAGAACAUCCAAGCUUCAAAGAAUUUCUGAAAAAGUAUGGUGCUCCAGAAACUUCAGAAAUGGAACAGAAAUCAAAAACCCUGAAAGACAACCUCAUUUCUGUCAAAAUAAGAAAUCCUGACCAACCUGACCAAAGAGUUAUAACUAAAAAGUUACCAGUUACAAUGGUGAUACAGAAGGUUAAAACCUUAAUACAAAGGUUGUACAAAGUUGGUGCUGAUGAAGUAAUAUUGUCAUAUAUUAGCAAAAAGAUGCCUGAACAAGAAAUUCCUUUCGACAAUGAUCUGAGACAAAUAUCUUUUUAUUCUGUGGAGAAUGAUGAUGAAAUCCUAGUCAGAUGGUGAAUCCAGAAUCCUUCAACAACUCAGCCUCUCAUAUAUUUUCAUACAUUUGACUUGUCCUAAUGAAAAUUGUCUUCAAAUUGUGAACAUUUUUAUUUAGCUAGAAGUUGCAGAAAAGAAUUUUGAAAUAAAAUGAUUUAAUUUGUAUGAUUAAAUAACCAAGCAAUCAGAUAGUAAAUCGUGUAGAUAUGGGGUGAAUGUAACGAAGGAAAUAACAGGCUAUGGAUGAGGCACUAAUCACACAGCAAGAUAAUAGUGCUUUUAUUGCUGUUCUUCAUAUUAAAAAUCAGUGUGAGUCUCAAGGCACCCAACAUGAACAGAAGACAGCACCUACAAGAUGUUCCUUGGUGUUGAGAUAUAGCAGGUUUAAAUGUUGCAUAUGACGAAACUUGUUUGGCUAAAUAUAUUCAAAAGGAUAUUGAAAAGUUAAAAAAAUAUCUGGUCAAAUUUUUUUUACUUAAACUGAAUAAGUUUUUAAUGUUAAGGUGAAUUGCUACUUCGUCAAAUAAAACAAAUCUUGUCCAAGUCUUGUUUGUAAUUUUUAUUUGAAUACCAUCAAUUAUAUGUAAAAUAAAUCAGUAAAAACUGAUCUAUUAUCAAGUUUUAAUGUAAACCAAUGAUGAAGAACUUACUAUAACUAUUAUCUAUAUCUGAUGAAUGCAUAAUAGAUAUUUCAUUAAUUUUAAACAUUUAAGUUGUCUUCCAUUUUACAAAAGAUAAACACCUUAUAAUUUGUGUUAUGUUUUUAUAGUUUUACACCUGGGAGUCAACAAUAUCUAUCAUCUGAAAAACUGAAAACUACACAUGUGAUUUUUGUAAUAACUUGAAUCAGUAUGCACAAUAAUACAAAAUACUGACUUUUCUUUUUCAAUCUGUGAUAAAUCUCAUUUUACUUGGAAUCAUGCAACUUGUUUGCAAUCAUACUAAUACAGUGUGUACCAAAUUUUAUACUUAAAUGAAAAAUCUGGGUAUUGGAUGUUACUUAUUUUCAAACUAUGGUCAUGUAUUAAAGAAGAGGUCCUUUUGUUUUGAAAAAUUAGAUUAUGGUAGGAUCUGUGGGACUGUCACUUAAUUACUGUAAAUUUUUAUUUUUCUAGUGGCAGCAAUUUAAUAUAGUCAUUUCUAACUUAGUUGAUGUAUUCAUAAAAUUGAAGAUCCAUUAUUUUUACUGGUGAAAGUUGCGUAAAUUAAUCUCUUGUAAAAAUUACUGUGGAUUCAUUUAUUUUCGUGGGUACUACUGAUUUUCGUGGAUUGAGGAAAAGCUGUAUAUUCGUGAAUAUUUGCCAAAGUCUGAAUACAAGCCUAUAGAAAAUUUAUUUUUCUUUAAACAUUUAAAUUUUUAAAUUUUACAACUAAUUAAUAGUAUUAGAAGCAAAUUGGAUAACCUAGCAACAGCGAUAUUGUUUGACAAACUAGGUUAACUCUCAAUAAUUUUUCACUUAAGCUUCAUAAAAUAUGACACUUUAACAAUAAAUAUCACCAUAUAGUGAGAGUGCAAGGAAUUUAGGUUUUUAAUGCACACUUUUAUCUUUUAAGUUUGAAGUUGUAGUCAACUGUUGCAGGAUCUUUGAAUUGCUCCUGGAUUACAAAAGUAGGAAUUCUAUGAAGUUUUUGGUACUAAAGUGACAUUGUUAAAUCCACGUAGACCAAGCUUAAUCUCCUUCAUUCAUUUAAUCAUUUAUUGUUCCUAGUUGCUAGAAAAUCAAGAAAUGAGAAUGUAAUUUUUCACAGAAAUGUUGUAAGCACCAUGGAAAUUUUUGUCAAAAAUAAACUUAAUAUUAUUUAUAUUGUUAAGUUAUUUGUACUGCUAUAAAGCAUAAAGACUUUUACCUUCUUAAA